AUGAUUACCCCUGUGGAAAAGACGAAUGAGACGGUGCAUGUGCGCAUCACACCCGAGGAGCGCGCCGCAAAUGUCAUCUCCAAGAAGAACCUGGAAAAGGCUGUCGUGGCGUUGGCGGAGGAUGGUGUAGUCAUCCUUGACGAUGCAAUUGCUCCAGAAAGCCUUGACUUUCUCAAUAUACCAAUGGUCGAAGAUGCCAGAGUCCUUCGAAACGGUGCAAAUACAUGGAUGAACUACGACAAGAAGGCGCAAAACAUUCUUCAGCACAUGCCUCCAAGCGCCGAGUACCUCUUGCCAGACAUCCACACCAACGCAUUUGCUGUCGAGGUGUGCAAGCACUUCUUGGGCCCAAAGCCAGUCUUGCGCUACCACAAAGCAAACACCAAUUUUCCCGGAGAGAGUCGCCAACCUCCACACAGUGAUGUCCACUACGCCCACCCAAGAGCAUGCUUCAGCCUUGCAGUUAACAUGGUUUUGAUCGAUUGCUCGCCAGAGAAUGGAUCUACGGAGGUCUGGCCUGGCACCCAUCUCACCACGGUCUUCUCCGACCAAAAUGGAAUGAAUGGAAUCCACGAGCACAAGCUUCAAGAACGUGUUCGCAGUCACGGGUUGCCAGUUCAACCGACAGUUAAAAAGGGUGGCAUCAUUAUCCGGGACAUGAGGUUAUGGCACGCCGGAAUGCCCAACCGAACGACCGACGAGAUCCGCGUGAUGCUUAAUCUUAUCUUCUUCUCUGAUUGGUACCGCAGUGAUAUGAAGAUCAAGUUCCCUAGAUCGUCAGAGAGCAAGAUCAAGGAGUUGGAAAAGGCCUCGGGCAUUCAAGUGGCGGCCGAGUAUGUCGAUGACUUUGAUCAUUUGACUUUGCCCCACACCCAUGACUUUGGUCAAGAUGAUGUUCGGGAGGAAUUUGGUAGAUGGCAUCAUAAAUUGGGCCAGCCAGCGCCGGCCAGUUGA